ACUCAGCUGCUACUCUGGAGUCAGUAUUGUGUGGGGGAGAGCAGUGAGACUUACAAUGGCAGGAUACCAGCUCUGGUCACCAUGGACCCCCCUAGAUGAGAAUUUGCAGUGGCUGCGGCACACAAAGCCCACCUUUUCCACUAAACAUCCUUUUAGGGUCUCGCCUUGCUUUCAACACACCCCUUCUGAUAUUGAAGUAAAACAGUGCUUUCAUGAAGUUGCUGUAGUCUUCGAGAACCCGAAGAUGGAAGCUGUAAAAGGCUCAGAGAUACAUGGCCGCCAACCUGAGCCACAGAAAGGAAUAGCAGCAGCCAAGAAGAGACGGAUGAUUAAGAAGCCCCAACCCAUCCGUCUCAUUGGAUUGGAUUCAGUCUUUGGCAGUGUUAUUACAGUCCAGCCACCCAAGUGGACUGGAACCUUCAGAGUUUCUGAUACAUCAGCCUUCAGCAAAAUCAUCAGCAAAAAACAACAGUGGCCCAGUGGUCUCAAGGAGCCACAGAUUGAGAUGACGGUAGCCAUGUGCAAACAGAUGCUACGCUCGAUUCUUCUGCUGUAUGCGAUAUACAAGAAGUGCACCUUUGCCUUGCAACACUCCCAGUAAAGGGUUUCCAUCUGACCCUAGUACUUCACACCAUAAUGUAUGGUAUGUACUGGAGCUUACAUAAACCUAUCCAUAUAAGUCAAACUGUACCCUCAUAUUUGAUAUUUUGCUCUUCUAUCAAGUUAUAAUAGCCUAGAAGUUCCUCUCCUUCCUUUCUCUUCACAAGCAGGGCCAACGAGACUGAGUAAAGAAGAAUAUUUCUGCUUGAAAACUGAAUGGACAUUUAAAAGUUAAACUACCAUCCAUCAACAUGCUCAUGUGGUACCAAAGAGUUAGACAAACCACACAAGCCAGCUAGUCCAGUGUGAACACACUCAAGCCCCAAAGAUAAUUGAAGAGCUCAUGGGAGAAAACGGACUUUAUAUAUAUGGAUUUUCUGAGUACCAGAAGAUGAAGCAAUCAAAAUUCAAAAUCUUUGUGUGGGUUAAGGACCAAUUUGAGAACAGUUGUCAAUCAUCAAACAGAUUAUGACCACAGCAACGAUCAUCAAACAGAUUAUGACCACAGCAACCUAACCAUAGGACUCUAAUAUCAACAUCGGUGAAACUGUUAAAAAAUAUUCUUACAGGCUGACAAGGAUGAACUUGAUAGCCGUUUUGAGACUGGACAUUUUGUUGGAAGACACGAGAGUCCCCCAUAUUAGCUUCUGGUAUUCUAGUUCCAAUAAACCACCACUGUUUUAUUUAAGGGGA